AGCGUGAGACAGACGGAACCCGAGCAGAGCAGAGACGGCCUGAAACAUGACCACCAACAUCCGAUAUAAGAGCAGGAUGAUGAAAUCCGAGGACAGUGAGUCUUUCAUUCAGUCAUGUGGGGAUUCCUCUGCCUGCCUGUCUGAACACGGCGCGCUGGGAUGUGCCGUGGGCAAGAGACAGACCGAAAACAGGGAAAGGGAAACCAGAGAGGGUUUAUAAAGGCAGAGAGUGAGAAAGUGAGGGUCACGCAGGUUUAAAGAGGGACGGCACACAUUACUGAGACGUCUGGUUCAGGAUGGACUCCAUGAUGCUGCAGGAGAAACUGGUGGAAAAACUUCUGUGUCCUCGAACCAGGACUACCAGACAGAAGGACAAGCAGUACGUUGGCUUCGCUACGCUUCCUAAUCAGGUCCACAGGAAGUCGGUGAAGAAGGGCUUCGACUUCACUCUGAUGGUGGCAGGUGAAUCUGGAUUGGGAAAGUCUACUUUAGUUAACAGCCUCUUCCUCACAGAUCUCUAUAAAGACAGAAAAUUAUUAAAUGCUGAAGAGCGCAUUAAUCAGACGGUCGAGAUCACCAAACAUACAGUCGACAUCGAGGAGAAAGGGGUCAAGCUCAAACUCACCAUUGUGGACACGCCGGGCUUUGGAGACGCAGUCAAUAACAAUGAAUGCUGGAAGCCCAUCACAGACUACAUCGACCAGCAGUUUGAGCAGUACUUCAGAGAUGAGAGCGGACUGAACAGAAAGAACAUACUAGACAACAGGGUGCACUGCUGCCUGUACUUCAUCCCACCGUUUGGACACGGUUUGCGGCCGGUGGACGUGGAGUUCAUGAAGGCUCUGCACGAGAAAGUGAACAUCAUUCCUCUGAUCUCUAAGGCGGACUGUCUCACUCCUAAUGAGGUCAAAAAGCUCAAGGACAGGGUGAGAGACGAGAUCGAGCGCUUCGGGAUUAAAGUGUAUCAGUUCCCCGAGUGCGACUCCGAUGAAGAAGAGGAGUUCAAACAGAUGGACAAAGAGCUGAAGGAGUGCACUCCGUUUGCCGUCAUUGGCAGUAAUACAGUGGUGGAGGCCAGAGGUCAAAGGGUCAGAGGUCGUCUUUACCCCUGGGGUAUCGUGGAAGUGGAGAAUCAGUCUCACUGCGACUUCGUGAAACUGAGGAACAUGCUGAUCCGCUCUCACAUGCACGACCUGAAGGACGUGACGUGCGACGUGCACUACGAAAACUACAGAGCCCACUGCAUCCAGGAGAUGACCAGUAAACUGGCGCAAGAUAACCGUACGGACAGUCCGCUCCCCAUCCUGCCUCUGCCCACACCAGACGUGGAGACGGAGAGACUCAUUAAGAUGAAGGAUGAAGAGCUGAAGAGAAUGCAGGAGAUGCUGGAAAAGAUGCAACAACAGAUGCACGAGAAAGACCAGUGAUGCUCACACACACACACACACACACACACACACACACACGGCCCUCCCAGCAGCCCUCAGAUGUGAAUGCAUUUAAAUGAUACUGUAUUAUAUCAUAUCUACAGGUCUGAGCGUCUGCUCGGUGCUUCUGUCCGCCUGCCGCUGUCACGUGAUUCAUCAUAAACCUGUCUAACUUAAAUUAACCUCUAAAGGACGUUUCAUUUGCUUAGUAAGACGAACGUGUGUGUGUGAGUUGUUCUCAGAAACAGUGUAGGGGUUCAGUGUGUGUGUGUUCGGAGAGACACGCUUUUGCUAUGAAUUUGUCGGGUUCGAUGGUGGUUUUUAUUUUUAUAGUGAAUGUGAACAUGAAUAUGGCUCUGAUAACUGUUACCGAGAAACAUCCUCGAUUCGGACGGCCGCUUUUUGCUCGUUUUAUAACAACAAUAAUCAGAAUCAAAUCUAUUCCAUUAUUAUGAGUGUUAAUGGCCUUUAAUAAUUUAAUAAUUUAUAUUAUUAUGUCAAUUGUUUAUGUAAAUCUUGAAGUAAAGCUUGCUAAUAAAUGUGAAUAAUUUA